AUGCUUGGUACCGCGGCUGAGUAUGACGACGGUACUGUGCACCAUAUGAUUAUGGAGAUGAAGGUGGCCCAGUGGGAUGCUGAACUUGCCUCUGGCCAAAUGGACAGCUCAAGGUACCCUGAGUUGGGCUAUACGCCGUGUGUGGAUGGUUUUGCGGCUGCGAUUCCGGGAAACUACAACAAUACCUUCAAGUGCCAUAACAUUGACCUUUACCACUUCCUGCCACACCACCUUCUUGGAAGCAGCCAGGGUCAAGGUUCCUCAUCGUGGGGCUGGACAUCUGAAGACGGACGUGAGUUUGUCGCCAUUGGUCAGUUUGAUGGAACUGCAUUUGCGGAAAUCACCAGCGAGGGCAAGAUGGUUUACCUUGGACGGCUGCCACAGUACGACGCCAUUGGAUCACGGUGGCGCGAGAUCCGCGUCAUGAACGACUACGCAGUGAUUGGUAGUGAGGCCAUCAAGCACGGAGUACAAAUCUUCGACAUGAAGAAGCUGCUCGACUUGGACGGCAGCGAGCCCAAGAACUUUACCCAGCAGGAUCUUACCGGUCAUUGGGGGCUUGGCAAGAAGUGGAAUGACUUGCCCGUAGGCAGGACACACAACAUUGUCGUCAACCCCGAACUCAACUACGCCGUUGCCGUUGGUUCUGUCGGCGGCAACGAGACUAUUCGUGUCCGUGGAAACCUUCCCUGCCGUGGAGGUCUUAUUUUCAUCGACAUGACUGACCCGUCCAACCCCACCAGUCCCGGGUGUGCAAGCGCUGACGGGUAUGUACACGAUGCAGAAUGCCUGGUCUACCGCGGCCCAGACACGAGAUACUACGGCCGCGACAUUUGCUACGCGAGCAACGAAGAUACGCUUACUAUUUAUGAUGUUACGAAUAAGACGGGCAACACGACGACGAUCAUCUCGCGGACGUCGUACCCUGGCGCCGAGUACGUCCACCAGAGUGCGGUCAACAACGUCACGUGGCAGGAGUACCUCUUCCUCGAUGACGAGUUUGAUGAGCGCGACGCAAAGGUAGGACCUAUGACACAGGGUCUGCCUACUACUCACAUCUUCGACAUCCGCGACCUGGAGAACCCCUUCUACUCGGGCAACUACGAGGGCAAGCGCCGAAGUAUCGACCACAACCAGUACGUUGUAGACAACUACCUCUACCAAUCCAACUACGGCAACGGACUUAACGUCUUGGACAUCAACUCCAUCACCUCGGACCCCACUGGCGCAGGUAUCUGCGAAGCCGGUUUCUUCGACAUCCACCCUGAAGACGACGAGAACGAGGGCGGCGGCAGCGUCGCCUUCGUCGGCUCCUGGUCAUCGUACGCCUACUUCAAAUCCGGCUUCAUCUUCGUGCACACCAUCGAGCGCGGCUCUUUCGUCGUCAAAAUGACCAGCAAAGAGUGCGAGAAGCCCAAGGUCUGCUCUGUCGACGGCUGCCUGAGCGGCAUGCGCACAGCAAAUGUCGAGGGGCGGUUACAGGAAAGCCAGGAGUUCUGUGGCAAUUUUACAAAGAGACAGAUUGAGGAUGAGAGGGUUGUGCCGGACUAUGCGCGGACCGCGUGUGCUGGCAAUGAUACUGUGGCGAGGGUUAGCAGUGCGUGUGCUUGCUUGCCUACGCUGGCGGUACCCGAGUUGCCACGUACAACAAGUCGCCCGCCGGUGCCUACGGUGUUGCCGCCAAGGUUGUAG